AUGUCGAGAAGAUACGAUUCCCGAACAACCAUCUUCUCCCCCGAAGGUCGUCUGUACCAGGUCGAAUAUGCUCUGGAAGCUAUCUCCCAUGCCGGUACCGCCAUCGGUAUCCUCGCCAAGGAUGGCAUCGUCCUAGCUGCUGAGCGCAAGGUCACCUCCAAGCUCCUCGAGCAAGACACAUCGGCCGAGAAGCUCUACAUUCUCAAUGACAACAUGAUCUGCGCCGUCGCCGGCAUGACAGCCGACGCCAACAUCCUCAUCAACUACGCCCGACAAGCCGCCCAACGGUACCUUUUGACCUACAACGAGGACAUCCCCUGCGAGCAGCUAGUGCGCCGUCUCUGCGAUCUCAAGCAAGGCUACACACAACACGGUGGUCUCCGUCCCUUUGGCGUCUCCUUCAUCUACGCCGGCUGGGAUCCCCAGCGCCAGUUCCAGCUCUACCUCAGCAACCCCUCGGGCAACUACGGCGGCUGGAAGGCGACCAGUGCGGGCGCCAACAAUGCGAGCGCCCAGAGCUUGCUGAAGCAGGAUUACAAGGAGGACUGCACGCUCAAGGAGGCGUGCGCCAUGGCCGUCAAGGUGUUGAGCAAGACCAUGGACUCGACAAAGUUGAGCCCCGAGAAGAUCGAGUUUGCGACGGUUGGCCAGACCAAGGACGGCAAGAUCUACCACAGGCUAUGGAGCGCGGACGAGAUCACGGCGUUAUUGAAGGAACACGACCUGGCGAAGGAUGACAACACGGAGGACAAGUAA